AUUAUCGUUGAUUAUCCUAUCGAUUGUGCACUGGAAACACAUGCAGCUUGUUGACAGUUGAGAGAGAGUCAAAGCUUCCUUCUUUCCGUUGUUGGUCAGGUUUUAAAAGACACAACUGUUCAUGGCAGCACUAGAAGGUCAGAGAGGAGGAGAACGAGGAGGAAGUGGUGAACCAACAUUUGUUUCCCUUGGCAUAAAUGAAGAGGAAGGAGAAUCACCUGCAAUUUUACUCAGUGUUUUGGCUCAGCAUGGUCAGGUGGGCCUCUGCUUCUAUAACAGUGAGGACUCCACUUUACACUAUAUGAUGGACACGCCUGACAACCAUGAGCUCCACCUGCUGGCCAGAGUUAUCCAGGAGGUUAGUCCCCACAUAAUCAUUACCAGUGCAAAGCAGGAGCGCUGCAUGACCCGCUUCCUGCAUCAACUGGGUUCAAAUCCAGACUACAAUCCAGAGGUGGUUACUUAUCCAUAUGUUGACUUUGGUCUGGAGGUCAGUAAGCAGAGGCUGCUUGCUGCCCAUCUGCCUUUCGUUCCUGCUUCCAUUUCUGAGAGAGACAAAAUGUCGUACCUUUCCUCCUGUAUCUCCUUUGACUCUCCCUUGAUGCUGAGGACUGUGGGCGCUUUGCUCAAAUGUUUGGACAGGAGGAGAGUGGGAGUAGAACUGGAAGACAGCAGUGUUAGAGUUCCUAUCCUUCAGUUCAACACCUACACACUGAGAGGUGUGGUGUAUAUUGAUCAAGACACAUACAGUGUUCUGCAAAUCUUCAAGUCAGAGCUUCACCCAUCAGUGUACAAGCUGCAUUCAGGGGAAAAAGAAGGACUCAGUCUUUAUGGUAUAUUGAACCGCUGCAGGUGUAAGUUUGGCUCCAGACUGCUCCGCCAGUGGUUUCUGCGGCCGACACAAGAGCUGACCGUGCUACACAGGAGACAGGAAGUGAUACGAUUCUUCACGUCUCCUCAGAACUCAGACAUCCAGAGAACCCUGCAGUCCUCGCUACGCAACAUCAGAAACAUACCAACUCUUCUUCACAGGAUGUCCCUCUCUCACACUAAAGUGACCGACUGGCAAAGUCUCUACAAGACGGUGUACAGCGCAGUGUGUAUCCGGGACACAGUGCGACACCUGCCUCAAUCCAUUCAGCUUUUUCAUGAAAUCAGUGAGGGGUUCUCUGAUGACCUCCACCAUAUCACCUCCAUCAUCAGCCGGGUUGUGGACUUUGAAACCAGCAUGACAGAGAACCGAUUCACCAUUAGACCAAAUGUGGACCCGGCAAUAGAUGAGAAGAAGAGGAGGAUGAUGGGAUUGUCUGACUUCCUGACAGACGUUGCGAGAAGAGAGCUAGAACAUCUGGAUCAUCACAUUCCGUCCUGCUGUGUCAUUUACAUCCCUCUGAUUGGAUUCCUGCUCUCCAUUCCUCGCCUGCCCAGCAUGGUGGAGAGAGAGGACUUUGAGAUAGAGGGGCUUGAUUUUAUGUUUCUGUCAGAAGACCGUCUGCACUACCGCAGCCAGAGAACCAAGGAGCUAGACAACCUCUUAGGAGACUUACACUGUGACAUAAGAGAUAUGGAGACAGCCGUAAUGACACAACUGCAGAACACAGUUCUGGAGAGGAGCAGCUCCCUUUACAAGGUUCUGGAUCUCGCUGCCGAGCUCGACUGUCUGAUGGCGAUGAGCAACGCCUCCCAGGAGUACAGCUAUACCUCACCCAAGCUUUCCAGCCACAGGACGAUGGCAAUCACACAGGGCAGACAUCCACUGUUGGAGCUGUGCUCUCCAGUGUUUGUGGCGAACUCCCUCCAGAGCUCAGAGUCACAGGGCAGAGUCAAGAUCAUCACUGGACCCAACUCAUCUGGAAAGAGCAUCUACCUCAAACAAGUGGGUCUGAUUGUGUUCAUGGCUCUGAUUGGUUCAGACGUGCCGGCGAAGGAGGCAGAGAUCGGUUUAGUUGACGGGAUCUUCACCCGCAUGCAGAGCAGAGAGUCUGUGUCUUUGGGCCUCAGCACCUUCAUGAUUGACCUCAACCAGAUGGCCCACGCUCUUAACAGCAGUACUGGCAACUCAUUAGUUCUCAUCGAUGAAUUUGGAAAAGGAACUAACACAGUAGACGGACUGUCCUUGCUGGCCGCAUCGAUCGCUCACUGGCUGAGCAAAGCUCCAGUGGAUGUUCCUCUCAUCUUAUUGGCCACCAACUUCCACAGUUUGCUGCAGCUGGGCCUGCUCCCCUCCUCUACCCUGCUGUCCCUUCUGACUCUAGAGACAGCAGUGGAUGGAGAUGAGUUGGUGUUUCUGUACCAACUAAAAGAAGGAAUCUGUCACUCCAGCUAUGCUGCCAACAUCGCCACACUGGCAGGCCUGCCAGUUAGUCUUGUGCAGAGAGGAGUGGAGGUGUCUGAACUGUACAGGACAGGGAGGCCCAUUAAACAUAUCGACAAAGCAUCAUCAGAUGAGCAGGCAAGCAGGUGUCAGGCUGUUGUGGAGAAGUUUCUGAAUCUAGACCUGGAAGACAAAGACUUGGAUCUGCACAGCUUCAUGAAAGAGGAGUUCCUGCCCUCUGCUGGAGAGCUGCUGAACCGCAGCUGAACAGUUGUACUUUGUGGUCAGUUUGUUUCUUCGUUCCUCACUGUUUUCAGAUGUUACUGAGAGUGAACAGGCUUGAUGUUCUUCAUGUGAUGUUCUUCCUGGAUGAAUUACAUUUAUUUACAUUACGCGACUAAAAUGCUGUUGCAGUAACACUGUACAGAAAUAUUAAAUAGCAUGCCUAGGUUUAUGUGGUUUACGUGUUGAAAUACUCAAAAUAAAUACAUUGAUCCUAUCAUUAAAAGUAGCAUGCACUAAUUCAAUCACACAAAAGACACACAGACUUUUACACAAACCUGUAAACGCUGACGCAUUUUACAGUUUAUUAUUAUUAAUAUUACUGUUAUUAUUAUUAUUAUGAUCCUACUAAGGCUUCAGUGACAUGCCAGGUAGUUAGGAAAGCUACACUGAGGCACAGGGGAGUAAAGACUUGAAGUUUGUGUGCCGAGUUACAGAACGGUGUGUCACAGCAGUGUUUGGUCAUGACGAAGAUGGUGUUGUUAGGGAAGAGUGCCACUGUUGUCUCUACACCACACUCCUCUGCCUUUGCACAACCCAACGUCUUCACAUCCAGAACAUCAGCUAGGGAAACAAGACAGUGUUCAGUGUAAGAUAGUUAGGUAGAUAAUUAAUUAAAAAAAAAUCCAAAAUACAGUUAUGUCAAUGUUAAACACACCGGCUUUCCCUCGGCCUGUGAAGCACCGCUCGCCAAGGCUGCAGUUGGUUUGGGUGGUGUAGCAGGCGUCCCAGAAGCCCAGGUCACAGCGGAAACACUCGAGCAACUCCUUCUCUUCCAGUGAUCCCUCUAUGUCCAUGAGCAGCUCUGAUUGCUCUUUCUCCUCACCUGAACAGAAAACAUUCCCGUUUACUUCAGAAAACUCAAUUAGUUAAUUAUAUUUAACCCAGUGAGUCUCACUCAGGUGGGAAACCUCCUCUGCGGAGGAGAACUGGCCAAAGCUUUUAUGUAAUCACUUGUUGGACACAUUAUUAUUCAGGGGUUGCUGAAUGUGUGAAGUGCUGGAGUGUUGCUGCGGGGCAUCAAGCCAAACUGAUGAGCCACAUUCUGCCAAGCACUAAAGCAUCUUGGAAAUAUUUAGUUUAUACUGUGGCAGUCUGGAAUUUGUUUCUUUGACUGGGUGACUUGAGCUAUUUAGUGUGCUCCAAGCCUUAGGGAGCAUCAUGUUUUUAUUAACAGAUACUGGAAUUAAUAGAAAACACAGUGGAGGAGUUGGAUUCUUCCUGUCACAUUGUACUGAACAGUCUCUUUGAAAAGAAAGGAGUCUGUCUUGGAUCUUCGGCUACUUUUCUUGUCAAGAAAGUUUCCCAAAUGUCCAUCAGACAAGAGUGAAAAUGUAUUUUGAGGACCUUUCAAGAGAAACACAUACAAUACAAAUAACAUUACACAAAAUGAACAUGACCUAUUAGAAUGAAAGCAGCAAUCGUCAGUUGCAAAGUGGCUGGAUUCUGCACUGCUGCAGUCUAAGGAAGGACUAAUCUCCUCCUCAUGGCCAUAAGAUGUUUUUCAGUGAGACUCUCAAUCCUUAUCCCCUCUCAUCUUGUUAGCUAGUGCUAGCUCAGGUUUACAAUUUGUCAAAUGAGAGUAAAAACACAGCUCAUUGUGAUGAGAACACAGCAACAUAUCAUCAUAGCCUUAUGAUUUAUAUCUUUACUCCAUUGUCUACUAAAAAUGCAAACUUUGACUCUACAUUAAUACAAUAAAUUCUACUUUAUUAAUAACGUAACUUGUCGAUAUUGGAGGAUGAACACUAGUGCUGUUUGAUUAUGUCUCGUUUACAUUUGCUGUAUAAAACUGAGUGUAGACUAAGCUGUAUCCUCUAAAAUGAACAUAAAGGUUAAGUGUAAGUGAAUACUUUCAACAAAAUGAUUUAUUAUAAAGCUAAAUGGUUAAUCCGUUGAUUCCACACAUGUAAAGGUUUUGCAUCCAGUUAAAUAUGUCAGGGGUCUUGGUCAGACAGCACUUUGGACCUUGAUCGAGGUUUUUCCCUCAUUGUUUUAUAGAAGAAGACUGACUGUAAAUCAAUACAAUAACACUGAGUGGAAAAUCCAAAUGAGUUGCAAAGCUAGAUAGUUGUAAGACUGUCGUCUUUGAAUGCAUUUGAAUUAUUUAGUACGUAAUAACCUGGGACUUCGAAUCGUGUCAUAUAUGGAAAAAGAAAAAUAACAUCUUUUAUUUCACAAAUCCUGAAGGCUAUUGAUUGAGCAUAUGGUAAGGUUACUUGAUAUUGAUUUUUAAUGAAUUAACCAAUCAAACCCUUGAAUAUACAUAACCCAGUUAUAUUCAUUGCUGUUGUUGAACACUGAGGUAUAAAAUCAACAGGUUCUAGUAGAAAUACAAUUUUAAAAUUAGAUAUACUACGGGGGACUACUGUGCACCUACUGUGUCCUCUUACCUUGAGCCACUGUGAGCAUUAUAACUGCAAAAACACAGAACAUUAGUGGUCUCAUGUUCAGCACGAUCCGUCUUCCAUGGGCAACACCAUGAGCACUGCAUAUGAGACCGGAAGCAGGGCUGAAAUUGGAUUAGUCCGGAAUACACCUGUUAUCUGCCCUGUGCUGACCACAGCUAUCACGACAGGCUGCAAACCAUCAAACAUGUGAAUGUCUGCAAAUGCAGAGGAGGUGGGAAAGUAGAGUUUGCCAGCCAGGAUUUUAUGUCAUUUGGUUGAUGCAUAUAAAUGAAGGUCGUGACUGAUCCUUCUGUUAGUGAAACUGCUGAAUAUCAGAUGUGGACAAAUGUCAUGGAAAGCAUUUCUCCAUCCGUUUCUCCAUCAAUCCUUGUUUCUGCUGAAACGGAUGAAGAAGGGAGAAGAAGAAAAAACACUUCCAAACUGUCAUCUUUAGGCUGCUUGAUCUUUAGCCGCUCUCUGCUCAUCCAAAAAAAUGUCGACCGAUGCUCCUUACACUCUUAAGGAACAAAGAAAUUGCAUGCGCUCUGAGUCAGUGCAUGUUUAAGCAGCUUACGGCCUACUGUCCGUCUGCUAAGAUAUGUAUCACUGCAUACACACACACACACACAGUGAAAGAGGAGGGAUUCAGUUUGGUUAUAUCCUCAAUGCAGCAUAAAAUGUGUCGCUGAAUUAUGUAAUGCUGCUGCGUGCAUGUGAAUGCCAGGGUUUUCUUGAAUUGACUGUUGCUGCAGUGAUGUGUGCAGUACAGGUGUAUGAAGAUUCUGAAAAUCCCCACCGGGCACAGAAUUCUUUACAUAACAUGCAGUGUAAUAACAAUCAUCAGCACAAUUAUGAAUCCUUUUUUUUUUUUAUUAUGUGUGGAUUUGUUGGUUAUUUUUGAUUGAGCAUCUUCAAUUCUUGAACCAUUGCUGGGGCAAAUAAACUGAAGAUUGAUAUUUUCCCUGUCCUGUUAGGUGUCAUGUUGGGAAGCUGCUCACUUUAGACAAAGAGGCUGUUGUGGUGUUGUUGUUUUACUUCCUCCAUUGAUAUAAAUGAGCUGGAUAAAAUAUUCAGAGCAGUUUCUCAGUGUUCACAGAAACUGCAGUCUCCAGGUGUGGAUUGUUAAUGUUUCAACAGGAACUGGACAUAGGAUUGAGCUUACGACCAUAUUUACUUUUAGCUGUCAGGUUUACCUAAUACACUGGUGACUGUAGGAAAAAAAUAUGUAAAUGUUAAUGAAAGUAAAUGUUAUCGUAAUUAAAAUUCAAAACUGCUGAAUUAUAAUUACCCCCAAUAAAAUGACAGGUCCAGUGUGUAAGAAUAGGUGACACCUAAUGGUGAGACUGUAGAGUGCUUCAAAAGGUGGACUCCUCCCCUAAAGCCUGCCCCACACAAGAGGACAAUUGGCCAGAUUUUGGUCCUGAUCUGUUACAGAGUUGGAGCGUUACCCCACAGUAACCAAUGAGAGUGAGUUGACCGGGAAACAGAUGUUGCAUACUUUUCUUUAGAACCAUAACUUGUACGAGCCAAGUUGAUUCAGCCAAGACUUCAUCCACAUUUUUUGCCUUUCACAACAGC